AUGACUACCUCGGCCACCGGCUCCGAUCACCAGCAGACCGCCGCCGUCCCUGCACAAGCCGAAAACGCCGCCGACCACCAUAACAAUAUCAACAGCUCAGCCGCCGCCCUCGAACAGCAGACCGAGGAGGCGAGUGGUGAGAUUUUGCAGAGCCUUUGCGAGGCCGCAACGGAGACGGAGCACAACAAUAGUAGCUACACUGGCGCGCAAAACGACGGCAAAUCAGCUCUCGAGCUCUCCCUCGACCUCGACCUUGAUUCUCUCCCGGCCUCGGACUAUUGGGACGCAUCAACCAUGGCCUCGCUCAAUGCAGUAUCGGCGGCCGCCAUUGCGCGUCUGCGCGCCUACAAGCCGCCGCCCUUUCCGACCUGGGAUCGCCUACCGGUCAGUCGCCGCGCCGCCGUCCUGGUGCUCCUGUUUGCGGAUCGGCGGGGCGAUCUCCGGGUCGUGAUUACAAUGCGGGCGACAAGUCUGCGGAGCUUUUCUGGUCAUGCCGCUUUUCCGGGAGGAAAGGCCGACUCUUUGACUGAGACGCCGUAUCAAAUCGCCCGCCGCGAAGCCUGGGAGGAAAUUGGCCUUCCCAUGGACGACAGCAAAAUCCCCAAGCCUUUCCGGAUCGAGCCUCUCUGCUCGCUGCCGUGCAGUCUGGCCAAGACGGAGCUGGCGGUGCGACCAUGCGUCGCCUUUCUCCACGCCGACAGCACUCCGGGCCAGCCGCCGCCGCCCACCGUUGACGAGAGCAUGAUCCCUCGGCUCGACGCCAAGGAAGUUGCCGCCGUCUUCUCGGCCCCGCUGCACAACUUUCUCAAGGCCACUGACGAGCAACCCGACCGCGCCCCCGACGGCGACUGGUACGAUGGCCGCUGGACCGAGUGGCACAAUGAGCCCUGGAGGAUACACAACUUUUGGGUACCCGUGAACAACCAGCAGGUGGCGCGGCCAAAGAUCCGGGCCGACGGGCAGGCAGCCCUGGCCGACGAGCUAGAGGAGGAGGAAGACGCCGUACAGAGGUUCCUGGUUUGGGGCCUGACGGGCCGGAUGCUCGUGGAUACGGCGCGCGUUGCUUACGCCGAAGAGCCCGAGUUUGAGCACAAUGACCACUACGGAGAUGAGAAGAUCAUAGCAAUGCUCGAGUCGCAAGGCCGAUUACCCGAGAAGAAGCGGAGAGAAGUCGGCCUCGACGCUGUCAGAGAAGAAGUCAAAGAUGCCAAGAUGUAG